AUUGAGGUGAAGAAUCUCACUCCAUGAUACACUUUUCAUGAUGCCAGCCGGCAUCUUCUGAUCCACAACGCGUACACACUCGCGUCUAUGACGCUAUGCGGUGUCAGUUUUUUUGGGGUCAACAGCUGACAGCGGAUCCGCUUGGACAUUAGGCAAAUUAGCCGGUUAGUUGAGUGAUAUCCCCCGAUUUGCAACAAAAAAACACCGCCCCAAUCGGUUGUCUAAUUAUGGCCGCUGGUGUUUUGCUUUUGAACAUGAAACAAAUAGGCCAAUAUAACUUCUUCCAUGUCACAACUCAAUCGGGAAUUGUUUCAUAACGCGCCAACUGUCGGAAUUGUGGUUACGAUUGUGUCUAUGACUGCAGUGUAAAAUUCUCUGGCUACUGUUCAUUAUGCCGGGCGGAGCGGAUAGUGAAGAGGAGACGGACAAUGAAAAGGACACCGGAUGGACGGUGAAGAACUGCUGCCGGAAGACCAUCGCCUUCUUGUUUUCCCAUAUUGGCCUGACCGCACUGGUUGUGGGAUACUCCAUUAUGGGGGCGUUUCUCUUCCGGCAUUUGGAAUUCCAACACGAGGUGGACAAGAUGGGGACCAUUCGGGAAUGGAAGAACGACACGGUGGAGGCACUAUGGAACAUCACGACCGAUGUCCACAUGCACGAGCUAUUCCAGGUACCAAAAGCCAAGGACCAGCAUAUUAUGCAGGCGGAAGCAGCUAAAACGGCUCUGGUUGAAAAUCUAUGGACCUUAACGAUGGACUUAAAUGUUCUUUGGAAAGAAAACUGGACACAAACCGCUGAAAAGGAAAUCAGCAAUCUGAUCCGUCAAUUACGUUUAUGGAACGAAGAAGCCGAAAUGCGCUGGUACAAACCAGCCAGCAACUGGACGACAUUAGCCAUGGACCGCAUUGAAGAAUUCCAAAACAAUAUCAGUGACGCCGCACAACAAGGUUUCGAGACCAAGAAAUCCAAUCCCAAAUGGACAUUCUCCAGCUCCUUCUUAUAUGCUCUCUCCGUAAUAACAACGAUCGGUUAUGGGCAUGUUACGCCCAAGACACAAGCCGGCAAAGUGGUGACGGUGCUCUACGCUGUAGUAGGAAUUCCUAUAAUGCUGAUGUUCUUGUCCAAUAUCGGGAAUUUACUAGCCAAAGUCUUCAUUGGGUUGUUCUCCUACAUGUGCCGAUGCCGUUUCUUAAAUCCACCGGAUCCAGUACUGUUGCGUCACCGAAAGUUGAGGGCAAGUGGUUUCUCCCGCCAUCGGUCUGCUAAAGGUCAGCUGCAGCCAAAGCCAACGAUUUCUCAUCAGCGAUUCUUUCCACCUGAUGAAUCGUCUAAUGUUACUCCUGGCGACGAGACGGCUGCACCAGCUAUUCCGGCAUGGGAACCGGAAGUGGCCGCCUUAGUGGAGCGCUUGGAGCGUAAAGACAACAACGUUCCGGUGAUUGGUUGUUUGGUCAUCAUGAGUGCAUACCUAUUCGGCGGCGCCACUUUAUUCGCUCUGUGGGAAGAUUGGCCCUACCUAGAUGCAUUCUACUUCUGCUUCGUCACUCUGACGACCAUCGGCUUUGGAGACUUUGUGCCCGGCGCGUCCAUGCUCUCGGCUGACACAUCAAAUCAAAAGCUGGUAAUGUGUUGCAUAUACGUGCUGGUCGGCUUGGCGCUGAUUGCCUGCUGUUUCAACCUGAUGCACAAUCAAGUUCGCAGCUACCUAAAGGCGAUAGCAAAGGUCAUGGGAAUCAUUCGAGACAAGACCAUCAACAUUGGAAGUGCGAGAGGGAUCCGGUCAAAAAGCGGCAAAGGAAACUCAAAGAAAACCGUUAAAAAUAUCACAACAGUUUCCUUGGCUGACGUGUAAAUAAUUCUGCAUUUGAAUUGUGUAAUAUAAUAAGUACUGUACAUUUGUUUCGGUCAUUGCCGUGGUCAAGUGAUCGUGUUGCGAUGGUGUGCCAUUGAGUACUACUGUAGUACACAAUAUCCGUUGUAACGUCUUGCCUGAAAUCUGUAAAUAUCCCAUGAUUCUCUUGUUAUUCGUACGUGUUUGACCAUAAUAUUUGUUCGAUAGCUGCAAAAGUACUGUAGUAGAAUUGCGAAUAACUCACAAUA